CUGCUGACCUACGCUGUACAAUAAAUGCAAUAUUUUUUGCUAUAGUACAGAUUGCUGUCGCAGCGAAGUUUCAGUGUAUGAAGCAACUCACCGUUGGUCGACAUCUUACCUCACCUAGUACCGUGGUAUCUUCUCCGAGGCGUUUGUCCUUACAAAGUAUCACCGUGAGAAAGGAGCAGGGAGGCGUAUUAACUUUGGCCGCCGUUAUGGAGAGCACCAAUUCAUUCGCGGCGCUUUGUGCUGUUGGGGAUGAUGAGACAGUAGCAACUUCCGGUGUUUCAAAAGUAGAGAAGUCUACUGAAAGCUCAACAUCAUCCCAGGACGGGCCCGAGAAGCAGCAACGCUCUGGGCCACGCAAAUUAAGGAACCCCCUCUGCUGGAUCGACCUCGAAAUGACGGGGUUAGACAUAGAGAAGGACACCAUCAUAGAGGUCGCAUGCAUCAUGACGGAUGGCGACCUCAAAAUCCAAGUCCAGGGCCCCGAGGCCGCCAUCCACCAGGACGACUCCGUGCUGGCCUCCAUGAACGACUGGUGCAAGGAGCACCACGGCAAGAGCGGCCUCACGCAGCGGGUGCGCGACAGCAAGCGCACCAUGGCGGAGGUGGAGGAGGAGCUGCUGGGCUUCAUCUCGCAGCACGCGGACGAAAACAUGGCACAGCUGGCGGGCAACUCCGUACACGUUGACCGCAUGUUCCUUCUGAAGCACAUGCCGCGAGUGGUGGCCUACCUCAACUACCGCAUCGUGGACGUCAGCAGCAUCAAGGAGCUGGCCAGGCGCUGGUUCCCUAUUGCCUACAAGAAGGCCCCCCGCAAGACGCUCGCGCACACCGCCCUCUCCGACAUCCGCGAGAGCAUAGAGGAGCUCAAGUACUACCGAACGGCGGUGUUUAAGAGCCCCAACCAGUGCAAGUAGAGUCGAGAGAGACGCAAGAGCUGGGGGGUGUUGUACACUUGUACUGACAUAGACGACUGACACUCACGCCUAUGCCGUGCGGACGUUGCCAACGCCCUGCGGUGCGAGACCUCCUGCGGUGCACCGCAGCUGCACCCUCCUGCGGUGUGAGACGUGAUUUUGAGCAUGCCGGGGCCGAGCUGGCCAGGCGAGAGAACCUUCAGGGGCUUGCCUUGCCCUCGCGUCCAACAGGGUAGAAGCGGUGAACGGGUGACGCUGGUCCGCCUUCCGUGGAUAUUGAAGGCUGUUGGGAUUGUGGUGUAUACUAUGUCUUAUCGAUGCACAUCGACGCAGUGGUGUUUUGGAUCCUUGCAUCUCGCGACUGGAAGGCAAGAUUCGGCAGGGCUGUUUGAGCUUGCAACUGUAGGCAUGAAUGUGGUCAGUGGCUUAGGAUUCUCGGCUAGCAUACUCAGCUGCAUACAGUGUUGCGCCACAACGCCUUCACUGAUAGUAGCCGCUGAGGCCCUCCCGGGUAACCCUGGGUUGCCUUAGCGUAGGACGAGCACCCGUGUCCCUGACACGUGUCUGGUGCGGCAGCCCGCCUUGCCUUGCCCUUUGAGUUGUGCUGAGGGCAGUGGGGCGCGGCGGGCUGCAGCGCCUGCUUAAGAGUGUCCACCACGAUGCCGUGGGUAGGACAGCACGGCCAACUACCGCUAAUUCGGCCCACAUUCGUACGAG